AUGGCGUCUUCGCUUCUAAGAAUCACUACUCUCUCGUCACCACCAACAACCGGAAAGCCUUCUCUUCCCGCCUUCUCCUCAAAAUCCGCACCUCUCUCAUUCCGUUUCUCACCAAGCCGCCACCGUUCCGUCUCCCUCCGCGGCGAAUCCUUCCGCCUCUCCUGCUCCGUCUCAGAUCCUCCACCUCACUCCCUCCGCCGCAGCCGCCGUCCCGAAUACAUCCCCAACCGCAUUUCCGAUCCCAACUACGUCCGCGUCUUCGACACGACUCUCCGCGACGGCGAGCAGUCUCCCGGAGCCACCCUCACCUCCAAGGAGAAGCUCGACAUCGCUCGUCAGCUCGCUAAGCUCGGCGUCGACAUCAUCGAGGCCGGAUUCCCCGCCGCCUCCAAGGACGAUUUCGAAGCGGUCAAGACCAUAGCUGAAACCGUCGGCAACAGCGUCGACGAGAACGGCUAUGUCCCUGUCAUCUGUGGACUCUCGAGAUGCAAUAAGAAAGAUAUCGAGAGGGCUUGGGAGGCCGUGAGAUACGCCAAACGUCCUAGGAUCCACACUUUCAUCGCCACCAGUGACAUCCACUUGGAGUAUAAACUGAAGAAGAGCAAAGCGCAGGUCAUCGAGAUCGCUAGGAAUAUGGUUAAGUUCGCUAGGAGCUUGGGAUGCGAGGACGUUGAGUUUAGUCCUGAAGAUGCCGGAAGAUCAGAGAGAGAGUUCCUGUACGAGAUUCUUGGGGAAGUGAUAAAAGCUGGAGCAACAACACUUAAUAUUCCUGAUACUGUUGGUAUAACUUUGCCUAGUGAGUUUGGGCAGUUGAUUGCUGAUUUGAAGGCGAAUACUCCAGGGAUCGAGAAUGUUAUCAUCUCAACACAUUGUCAGAAUGAUCUUGGACUCUCUACGGCCAAUACUUUAUCUGGGGCACAUUCAGGUGCGAGGCAGGUGGAGGUGACGAUCAAUGGAAUUGGUGAAAGAGCUGGAAACGCUUCACUGGAAGAGGUUGUGAUGGCCAUAAAAUGCCGUGGAGAUCAUGUAUUAGGAGGUCUCUUUACAGGGAUUGAUACUCGGCACAUUGUUAUGACAAGCAAGAUGGUUGAAGAGUACACUGGAAUGCAGACACAGCCUCAUAAGGCUAUUGUGGGAGCGAAUGCCUUUGCGCAUGAAAGUGGUAUUCAUCAGGAUGGAAUGCUGAAACACAAGGGUACAUAUGAAAUUAUAUGCCCCGAAGAGAUUGGGCUUGAACGAUCACAUGAUGCUGGCAUUGUCUUGGGGAAGCUUAGUGGGCGUCAUGCACUGAAAGGCCGUUUGACUGAGCUUGGUUAUGAAUUGGAUGAUGAACAGCUAAGUACCAUUUUCUGGCGUUUCAAAAGUGUGGCCGAGCAGAAAAAGAGAGUUACCGAUGCGGACAUAAUAGCUUUAGUAUCUGAUGAAGUUUUCCAGCCAGAAGCCGUGUGGAAACUCGUGGACAUUCAGAUAACUUGUGGGACUCUGGGGCUUUCAACAGCAACUGUUAAACUUGCUGGAGCUGAUGGCGUAGAGCAUGUCGCUUGUUCUAUGGGAACUGGGCCUGUUGAUUCAGCUUACAAGGCAGUCAACCUUAUUGUAAAGGAACCGACGACUCUGCUUGAGUACUCGAUGAACUCAGUAACAGAAGGCAUUGAUGCCAUCGCCACCACACGAGUUCUCAUCCGCGGAAACAACAAUUACACGUCUACAAAUGCAAUAACCGGUGAAGAAGUUGAAAGGACCUUCAGUGGAACCGGAGCAGGAAUGGACAUUGUGGUGUCGAGCGUCAAAGCUUAUGUAGGAGCUUUGAACAAAAUGAUGGACUUCAAAGAAAAAUCCCCCACAAAAGUCCCUUCUCAGCAAAAAAGUAAAGUCCUUGCCUGA